CCAGAACCAAUUAGUCAUACCAUGUAGUAUGCGCAAGGAAAUGCUCCGCCGGAUACAUGAGGGGCACCUAGGAAUAGAAAAGUGCAAGAGGCGCGCGCGCGAUGUCAUGUGGUGGCCGGGCAUGGGCGCAGAGAUCGAGGAGUGCGUGCAGCGCUGCGAGGUGUGCCAGCGCCACCGCGCGACACCGCCGCGCGAGCCUCUCGCGCCGCACCCCAUACCGCGCCUGCCGUGGGAAGUGCUCGCUGCGGACAUAUUUGAAUUUAAAAGCAAACACUAUUUAUUAGUAGUCGAUUAUUAUUCGAAAUUUGUUGAAGUGAUAUCGUUAGUGAACAUGAAAAGUGACACGGUGAUUAACAAAAUGAAAUGUAUCUUUUCUAGAUUUGGUAUUCCUCGGAAACUUGUUACAGAUAAUGGCACGCAGUUUACGUCGUUUGAAUUUCGUGAAUUUACAAAGAAAUGGGAAUUUGAACAUGUCACUAGUUCGCCUCUGUAUCCUCGUUCUAACGGGCUAGCAGAGAGAAAUGUUCAAACCGUAAAGCGUUUACUUAAAAAAGCUACAGAAGAUAAAACUGAAUGGACUUUAGCUUUGCUCAAUUUUCGAAAUACUCCAGUUACGGGUGAAAAAUAUUCACCCGCACAGUUGUUAAUGGGUAGGUCACUCAAUACUAGAUUGCCAGUCUCACCUAAAAACUUAAUUCCAGAAAAAAUUGACUCAAAAACAUUAAGAAAGGACAGACAGAUAAGAAUAAUUAACAUGAAAAAGCAUUAUGAUAAGGGCACAAAAGUAGCUAGGGAUUUAUCUAAAAAUGACACAGUGUAUAUGAGGGAGGAAAGUGUGUGGAAAAAAGGAAGCAUUAUAGGAAAGGCUGCUAAUAGGUCAUAUUGGGUGAAAGUGGACAACGGUGGUACAUACCGUAGAAAUAGUUCAUAUAUAAGAAAAGCAGUUCAUAAAGACAAACCAGGUCGCUAUGACUACCUAGAUAGCAUUCCCACAAACAAUCUGCAUCACCAGACUAGUGAUGUGGCUCCUGCGAUAACGGGGACUGCGCAGACUUCCACAACGGAAGAGAGUGGAUUGGUGGAAGCUGCUCAGCCGCCUUAUCGUAGAACUAGGACUGGUAGAAUUGUUCAUCCACCUCAAAGAUAUGGGUUUGAAUAGAAAUAUUUAAACAAAUAAAAUAUUCUUAAAUGUAACAAACCGUAGUAGUAAAAACGUUUAUUGUUAAUUAUUACUUCUCUACGUAAGAUGUGUCUUAUACUUUUAAGUAUUAAAUAAGUUUACUUCUCAAAGCAAACAGUAUUAUUAAAAAUGUUUAUUAUUAAGUAUUACUUCUCUACGUAAGAUGUGUCUUAUACUUAUAUGUAUUAAAUAAGUUACUUCUCAAAAACUUAUUAAAAGAAGAGAGAUGUCAUAGAGUAGAGUUUAGUGAUUGAUUAUCUGUGGCAUAGACAAUAAACGUCAGUUGCAUCGUCAUGGCUGUUUUAUUAACAUCAAUCCCAAUUACUCCUAAAUA